AAAUUUCUAACCUAAAAUGUCAAUAAUCAUAGUAGGAAAAUAUUUGUAUACACGAUGUUGGUAAUCCUUGUGCAGCUUUUGUUUUCACCAGUUGAGUUAUUUAUUGUGUAAUACGUUCGUUACAGGAAGAACGACCUCCGCCACGACCGAAUGGUUAAAGCGUGGCAUUUCGUUCGACAUCGUAUUCGAUAACAAAACAACUGAUAAGCUUUUUAUAAUGCUAGAUAUACGUUUGUGCAUCGUCGAAUAUAUGAUGAUCGUGAGUGUUUUCCGACGUAUUUUGCGGCAGUUUUAUUUCGGUUCGUGUUAACUUUAGUAGAACGGAAUGUUGGAGUCGCGUGCGUUGUUCUGUUUUAUUAAUUAGCUAACUAGCUAAAACUGUGCUAUAAGAAAACAUUGAUUGAUGUACCUCUAAACUAACAUUGUAGUGUUUUACGUUGUGUUGUUUACGACGAGGAUUGGCCAGAGCAGUGACGAACAGUAUAAUACAAGCAUCGGUCCUUUGAGGUUUCGUAAUCCACAAAUAGAUAAUCCUAGUCGUUCAAGAUGGCAGCCUUUGUAGCCAAGCAAAUGGUAGGGAACAAGCUUAAUGCCGUUAAAGGAGCAGUUGGAGGAGAUGACGAUGGAGAUGAUAAGGAAAAAGAAGAGGAAGCAGAAAGAGAAAGGUUGGAAGCUAUCAGGGAAGCUGAAGAAAGGAGAAAGGAGAAGCAUAGAAAAAUGGAGGAAGAAAGAGAAAAGAUGAGGCAAGAGAUCAGAGACAAGUACAACAUUAAAAAAAAAGAAGAAGUUCAAGAAACUGCUCAAGAGGAACCAAAUCCUUUAAUGCGUAAAAAAAAGACUCCCGAAGAACUUGCGAGAGAGGCUGAACUAGAAGACGAAGACGACUUCACAAAAUUGAAGAACACGAUAGAAACACAAGUAAACGAACUCAAGUCUCAAAUAGAAAGUAAGUGCGUUAUGCAAUGAAUUUGGGGACAUCUUGGCAUUUUCUGCGCGGCGUCGGUCUUCUCAAUAAGCAGGGCUCCGAACCCUGCUCCCACACUAUCUCCCAACACCACUACAAGCCUCAACCAAUACUAAUUACGUCUAACAAUACUAAUUAACAAAUUAAUCCAUUUUCUUCUGCCCAUCUCAAAAAUAACGUAAAAGUCAGCUUGGUUUUUCAUUUGUUCUUGUUGUAUACAUUGUUAAUAGAAAAAAACAACAAAAGACUAUCGGCGAAUUCUUCUCAACUUAAAUUUACUCCAAAAAAAAAAUAACAAAAUAAACAAAUUAGGUGUAAAAUAAUUAUUAAUUAAACAGCGGCGUUAAGUCUGGUUUAAGGUAGGGUAGUAGGUAAUUUACAUCAAUGUCGCGCAGUAACUGCCCAUUAUAAUGAUAAAGAGACUGCGAUACUUAAACAAUUGACAAAAAAAAAACAAAAGUAUUAUGACAAUGACGUGUCUAAAAACAAACAAAACAAAAAAAACAGUGGGAGCAGAGACAAUGACAAAACAAACAAACGUGCGUUGUCAUAAUGGUUUUGUCGUAGUUAUACCAUUGUUACAAGUUAUGUAGAUAGAGAUAGCGUUACCUAUUUUUUGUAAUAAAACCAAAUGUGUGCGUUGACCCCUUUUUUCCGAAACGAUGUGGCAUGUGUUUUAGCUUGAUGUAGUUUAUAAGGUGUUUGUGGCUUAAUAUUGUGUAUGAAUUUUUCUGCCUCUCUUUUUCUCUCUCUUUUUUGAACACCUUUUAGAUGGUAAUUAGCCAAAUAGUACAUAAAGAAAGGUUCCGAGGCUCUUACCUAAUAAUGCUACAUACUUGAUAAUUCUGUUAUAUUUUAUAUUUUUUACAAUUAUGUAACAUCAUAAAAAAUGAUUUAAUUUAAUUAAUUAAAUAGGUACUCAUUUAGUGAUUCCUCUAUGUACUAUUGGCUAUGUACUAAUAGAAAACCUGAGAGAUAUGAUUGGUGAUCAUCCAAAUUCCUUAUAUAACACUAAACUUUCGAUGUCGUUGCUAAACAAAAUGAUAAUUCUGCUUAAGGAAUUAAGGAAACUAAUUCGACAUAAAGUAGAAAAAAGAUAAUCUAAAAUUUAUGAUAUAUGUCGUAUGUUAACACAUUUUCCCAGAAAAACUAAUUACAUUCGUACAUUUUAUGAAUAAAACUACGUAUCUUUUCUCAUGCAUAAUAAUAGGUACUUUAUGUCGACGAAGAACAAAACGCUUGAUGCUUUUUUGCUCCAUUGAAUUGUUUUGUAACCAAAAUAAAAAACAGACAAAAGUCUCUAAAGCAAUACGUAAAUUAAAUAACCACUUCAAAUUCAUUUGAUUAUUCGAAAAGAAUUAGCUUUACUAACGCAGUAACGUUAAUAUUCGCGUUAAUUUUGUUUAUUAAUGUACAUUUUUUUUUUCGAGAAUAUAUUGAUGUACAGUACAUCUCGAAAAAAGUUACAACUUACUAGAGGCUUGUUAACAUUUGUGCAUUGUCGUGUUACAUGUUGUGAUGAAUACUUCACUGUAGCUUUAUUCUGUUAAGCAUUUUAGCUUCUUGUAUCGGUGCUGUAGAUGUUUCAAAUGUUUAUUGUUUUACUGUUGCUGUCUCUGUCUCUUGUACAUCUUCAAAGUCCCUUAUAAGUAAGACCAAGGAAUGGUGUUAUGUUGGUAUAUGAUGGUUGCAUUUUCACUAGAUUUGUCUCCAGUUGCUUAGGAAAUUAAUUGUUUAAUUUUGUGACAUAGUAUAUAUAUAGCGUUCGCGAUAUUUUUCUCUAGAAAACGUCAAAGUAAAAUUUCAUAAAAUUAGAAAAUUUUAAAAAUUUCAGAAGAAAAUUCAGUAAUAUGAAAUACGUUGUUACCGUAAAAUAAAAAAAAAUUGCAGAAUUUGAUCGUUUAUUGACGAAACAGUUGAAAUUUAAGUCUUCAAAUUUAUAAACAAUUUUGAAAUGUUUCGAGCACUUUGGCAUUUAAAAAAGGAAAUAAAACAACUGCAUGUAUUUCAUAAUGGAUUUUCUUCGUAUAAAAAAAUUUCGAUUAAUAAAAAAUAACAUCAACAUGAAACAUUACGUAUUAGAAGGUAUCCAUUUUGCUUUUUCACAUAAUUUCUUUAAAAUUGAAGUCAAUUACUGUAAGUAUAUCAAUCUAAUUAAUUAAUUAAGUAUAAAAUGAGCAAAUUGUUUACCUGCUGUGUGGUCUCACUAUAUAAAGUAAAAUCUUUCUAGCGUAGCGC